GGAUGCAGAGCCGGACAUCACCCCCUCAUUAUCUCUAGCCACCGACCCUCAUGGCCCCCUGACUUGUUCUCCAAAAUCUAUGUAUCGUCUCGCCUCAAAAAUUGGCUUGGAGUCGCUGAAACGCCUUGCAUUCGACGCGAUUCGUGCAGGGUUGUGCGGCCAGAACAUUCUUCGGGAGCUAACUUCAUCUUUGACAGCCAAGUAUCCUGAGAUCUUGGCUAUGCAACUUGACGUUUUGCAUAGCAACUUUGCUUCUACUUUCGUGGAAGAUGGACUACCGAGUCUGGCGAAGCAAAUAUCUAGGGGCGAACUUUUGCAAGGGGAGCAGAUCAUCCUCGGUAUUUGUCAAAGAGUUCGGAGAGACUACUAUUUGGCGCCGGAAGAGCCGGUUAGCUGUGAAGUUGAAGCUCGCACCUACACCACCCCACCACCUCGUAUGGGGGUUAAGAAAGGAAACACACGUACUUUCAAGUAAAUCCCACCACAUGCAGAACUCGUCCAUAUAGAAAUAAGGUGUAUAACAAAGUAUUUGCAUGGGGAUCUUGGUAGGGUCUUUUUCGUAACAUAGCACGUCUUUUAGCGAUGACAUCUUCAUGUACUUUUUUUGUACUCCUCCAAUGAACUACUAGAACCGAAUAUUGAACGUCGCUUCCUGAUGUCA